UUACAUUAAAUUUUUUUUUAGUUAGUUUCAAAGAGAUUAGAUUAGAAAUUAUUGAAGGUUAGAGUAAUAAUAUUUUUUCAAAUAAGACUAGAGACGUCAGCAGCCCACAGGAUUUCUUUCUCCUAUUUUAUCUUAGCGUCACCGCCAACGUCACCAAUGUGUCUCUGGGGCCCCUUCUACAAACAAACAAAGCGACCCCACCACACCCCGACUCUCCCGACGCCGCCGACUCUCCGUCUCCGCCGCCCUCCGUGAGCUUAGACCCACACGCCUUUAAACUACUCUCAACCACCUCCUAGAUAUAGCUAGCUAAGUAUCCUUCCUCUUAACAUGUAUGUAUGCUGCAUUUUAUCUAACUUUUGUUCUUAAUUAGGGGCGAAAAGGGAAAAAAAAAGAAGAAGAGAGAGAGAGAGAGAGAGGGAGAGAGAGAGAAAAGAGCCCCUUCUCACCGUUGACGUCACCCUUCCCCUCCUCACCCGCUGUAGAUUUGUAGAUAUGGAGCAGCUUCGUCGGCAGCAGCAGCAUUUCCUGGUGGUGACCUACCCGGCACAAGGCCAUAUCAACCCGUCCCAACACCUGGCGCGGCGCCUCGCCCGCACCACCGGCGCCCGCGUCACCUUCUCCACCGGCAUCUCCGCACACCGCCGCAUGUUCCCCUCCCUCUCCUCCCACGAUCAAGAGUUCUCCGACGGCCUCCUCUCCUACAUUCCCUACGACGACGGCAUCAAACGCAACAACAACAAAGAUACCGCCGCCAACAGCCCGACGUUGCGUAUCAAGCAGGUGGGGCCGAGGACCCUCUCCGCGGUGCUCGACCGCCUCUCGGCGCGCGACGAGCGCGUGACCUGCGUCCUGUACACAAUCCUGCUGCCGUGGGUCGCCGACGUGGCGCGGGCCCACGGCGUCCCCGCGGUGCUCUGCUGGAUCCAACCCGCCACCGCGCUCGCCGUCUACUACCACUACUUCCACGGCUACGGCGGCGCCGUCGCCGCCUUCGCAGCCGCCGCCAACGCCGGCGCCCCCGCGCACACCGUGACCCUGCCGGGGCUCUCUCCCCUCAGAAUCCGAGACCUCCCCUCCUUCCUCGCCACCACGUCCGAGGACGAUCCCUACGCGGCCUUCCUCGACGAGUUCAGGGAAACGCUCGACGCAAUCGAGCGCGGCGAGGACGGAGCCCACCCCACGGGGGUUAAGCCGACCGUUUUGGUGAACACCUUCGACGCGCUGGAGCGCACCGCGCUCAAAUCCGUCGACGACCUAAACCUAAUCGCGAUCGGGCCCGUGAUCCCGUCCCUAGCAGCCCUAGAGGGCGCCGCGGAGUCCAAGGACCUCUUCGCCCCCGACGAGAAGCGUUACAUGGAGUGGCUCGAUGGGAAGGCGGAGGGGUCGGUGGUGUACGUGUCCUUCGGGAGCAUGUCCGUGGUGAAGAAGCGGCAAAUGGAGGAGAUACGCAAGGGCUUGAAGGAGAGCGGGAGGCCGUACCUGUGGGUGGUGCGGAAGGACAACAAGGAGGCGGAGUCGAUCGAGCCGGAGGAGCCGGAUCAGAAGGGGAUGGUGGUGGAGUGGUGCUCCCAGAUUAGGGUUUUGAACCACGCCGCGGUUGGGUGCUUCGUGACGCACUGCGGAUGGAACUCGACGGUGGAGAGCGUGGCGGCGGGGGUGCCCACGGUGUGCGUGCCCCAGUGGACGGAUCAGGGGACGAACGCGUGGCUGAUGGCGGAGGAGUGGGGGAUGGGGGUGAGGGGGGAGAUCAACGGCGAGGGCCUGCUGGAGGGGGAGGAGCUGAGGAGGUGCCUGGAGGUGGUGAUGGGGGAGGGGGAGAGAGGGGCGGAGAUAAGGAGGAGGGCGCAGAUGUGGAAGGACAAGGCCCGGGAGGCUAUCGGGGACGGAGGAUCCUCCCAGCGGAACCUGCGGGCUUUUGUGAACCAGAUCGCCAACCGCAAUUAGUUACAAUCAAUUUAAUACCUUCCUUUUUUCUUUUUUUUUU